AUGUCAACGACACUUAAUUAUUCAAGUUUACAAGGUCCAAGUUUAUCUGUUUGUGAUAAUCGUUUAAUGUCAAAAUUAUUAAAUAAAAAACAUCGUUUAUUUCUUCAUAGUCCAAAUUAUCCACGUUUUUGGUUAAUGAUUAAUAGUGACCAAUCAUUACAAGUAUCAAAUAAUAAUCGAAUCGAAUCGACUUCUAUAACAACAACAACAUCAACUUCUCUUAUUCCGCUGACUGAAUCAUCUCAUUUAAAUCAUAAUAAUAUUAAACAUAAUCAUACACUUUCAUAUAUUCUUAUAUUAACUGUUGUCUUUAUUGUUAUUCUUAUAUUAAUUAUACUUUGUUAG